CCGCCCUCCUUUGAGCGGCAUCCUGGUUAUAAUACAAACGUACUUCCCGGUGCGCCAUUUUCCAUUGACCAGCGAAAGGGGAAAACCCGCAAUUGAGGUGUGGAGUGAGUGAGCUCUUAAAAACAACAAACACGGAUCCUAACAUGCAUCGCGACUGUCCACUUGACUGCAAAGUCUAUGUUGGAAAUUUGGGCAACAAUGGAAACAAAACCGAGUUAGAGAGGGCAUUUGGAUACUAUGGACCUCUCCGCAGUGUCUGGGUGGCCAGGAACCCCCCAGGCUUUGCCUUUGUAGAAUUUGAAGAUCCCAGAGACGCAACUGAUGCUGUCCGUGAGCUUGAUGGAAGAACAUUGUGUGGUUGCCGAGUGAGAGUAGAGCUGUCCAAUGGAGAGAAACGCAGCCGUACUCGUGGUGCACCCCCUUCAUGGAGCCGGCGUCCUCGGGAUAGAGAUGACUACAGGCGGCGUAGCAGCCCACCACCUAGGCGAAGAUCUCCACGCAGGAGGAGCUUCAGCCGCAGCCGUAGCAGGUCAUUCUCUAGAGACAGGAGGAGGGAGAGGUCCCUCUCUAGGGACAGGAACCACAAACCUUCAAGAUCUUUCUCUCGAUCAAGGAGUCGCUCCAGAUCGAAUGACAGGAAAUAGAUGGAUUUCAGUGAGUGUAAGGAGAGCAGAACAUGAGUCGUUGUACGAGCUUUGGCGUUUCAUACAAUGGACUUCUACGUGACCACCUGGUCAUUUCUGUGUUGGGUUUUUUAAAAACAUUCAAGAAUUUUAGUGCCCCCCCCCCCCCCCCCCCCCUUUUUUUUUUCUUUAAUGUAAUUUUCCAAAAACAUUGAGUGGGGUGUGUUCAGGAAUGAGGCCUCACCUCAUUCAUCUUUCUUCAGUCUUGAAAAAGUUGUGCCACCCAGCAUUCCACAUCACUAGUUAAACGUAGGAGCUUUGUUUUUGUCAGUGAAUGUACUUUGUAGUUUAACAUGUGAGUAGUUCCUAUUCAUUGUGUAAAUGCCAGCAUUUUUAAAAAAAAUUGGGAUUUUGUGUAAUAAAAUCCCUUUCAAUUGUCUGUAAAGCCAAUCUGUUUUUGACAUGCUACUUUUUUCAUACUGACGGUUUAUGGUUAAAUUGUAUCAAAGAAGUCCUCAUUCAAGAUUUAAAACCACAGCAUUGACGCUGUAAUAAACACGUAGUUUUUUGGUUUUUUUUGUCUUUGGUGUUUCCAUUUGUUAUCUUUUGUUGAUACUGUCUUAAUGGUCUUGAUUAAAAAUAUUGGUUGGUGACAAAA